CAAAAUUCUUGUCCACAUUCGUUCAAAAUAUAUCUUUAAAUCUGCACACAAAUCGUUUAUUUACUGCAAUGUCUAAAAGAAAUAUUUACCGCAAGCUCCCUAGAAUAAGACCCGAAGUGAAGGUAGUCAGUAGUCGGUCAAAUCAAUCCGGUGCAAUGCAUAUUAAAGAGAAAGUAGAAGUUCUUGCUGAACCAAUAAAAUCUGUCUCUGAUAAAAAGCUUUACAAGACAAUACGGCUCGAAAAUGGUUUAACAGCAUUGUUGAUAUCGGACCCAAGUAAAAUUACAACAGCUGAUGAGGGCAGUUCAACUGAAGAGGAGAGUAGUGGCUCAGAGGAAACUGGGUCAGAAAGCGAUGGGGCCCAGUCCGUUCAGUCUACGAAUAGUGACCAACUUAGUACUAAAAGGAGAGGCGAGUUUGAUGAAGAAAAACUGGCCGCAUGUGCACUAUGCGUGGGCGUUGGCAGCUACAGCGAUCCUGCCGAGAUACAGGGUUUGGCACAUUUCGUCGAGCAUAUGGUGUUUAUGGGCAGUGAAAAGUAUCCAAAGGAGAAUGAAUUUGAUUCGUUCAUCAAGAAAAAAGGUGGUUCAGACAAUGCGUCAACGGACUGCGAAGUCACGACGUUCUACUUCGAGAUAUCGGAGAAGCAUCUUCCACAAGCGAUGGACAUGUUCAGUCAGUUCUUCGUCAGUCCGCUCAUGUUGAAGGAAGCUAUGCAGAGGGAGAGGGAAGCUAUUGAAUCUGAGUUCGCAAUAGCCAAACCAUCAGACUCGAACCGCAAGGACCAGCUGCUCUCGAGCAUGUUCCCCCCCGGGCACCCGGCGCGCACGUUCACGUGGGGCAACCUGCGCAGCCUGAAGGAGGACAUCCCGGGCGACGAGCAGCUGUACCGGGCUGCGCACGAGUUCCGUCGCCGGCACUAUAGCGCGCACAGGAUGACCGUGGCGGUACAGGCUCGCAUGGAGCUCUCUGCGUUAGAAGACCACGUGGUUAAAACCUUUGGUAAGAUUCCGACGAACCGUCUUCCGCCCGACAACUUUAAGGCGCAUUCCUUCGAUCGACAUAAUAUUACGAGUGAUUUUAGGAGCAUAUAUUAUGUGAAACCUGUUAGUGAUACGACAGAGGUACAAUUAACGUGGCUUAUGCGUUCCUUAAUAUCGGAAUACGAAUCUAAGCCGCAUCAGUACAUCUCAUAUUUGUUGGGACACGAGGGUAAAGGAAGUCUGCUCUCGUAUUUGAGGAAAAAAGUGUGGGCAUUAGGAAUUUAUACGGGUAAUUCAGAAAGCGGUAUUGAUUAUACCUCUAUAUAUAGUUUAUUUUCGACGCAAGUGAUACUCACUAAAGAUGGACUUGAUCAUAUUGACGAGGUUUUGGAAGCAAUAUUUUCGUAUAUAAAUAUGCUUCGAAAAAUCGGACCUACAGAAAGAAUAUUUGAGGAAAUCAAGACAAUAGAAGAGACAAGUUUCCGUUUCGAGGAAGAGUCUCAGCCGGCUGACUAUGUGGAGUCGUUGGCGGAAAAUAUGCAGAAUUUGCCGCCCCAACAUUAUAUCACUGGGGACAGAUUGUAUUAUAAAUACGAUCCUCAGGGUAUAACUGACCUAUUAGAGUGUAUGACUGCUGACAAAGUGAACAUUAUGAUUCUUUCCAACAUGCACUCCGAACCAAUUCCAUACGACGCCAAGGAGAAGUGGUUUGGCACGGAAUAUAAAAAGAAAGAAAUACCCUCAAACUGGCUGAAACGCUGGCUCAACGUGGAGCCCUACAAGCAGUUCCACUUGCCAGAUAAAAACAUUUAUAUAACGAAUAACUUCGAUUUAAUUCCUCCGGCGCAGCCCUAUAUUGAAGAAGCAGAGAGAUUGGGCAUAGACCUUUAUACAAGUACUACGAAAGAUAUACAUAAGAAGGUAGCGGUUGGUGAGAAAAACUCGAAGGUUUUGAAAGCGGGUGAUUUGAUGGCCGCUGUCGAGAACUUCAGGUUAGACCAACCGAACCUAAUACGCAAGAAUCGUCACAUGGAGUUAUGGUAUAAGCCGGAUUUCAAGUUCCGGUUUCCGACCGCGUUGCUAUAUUUCUACUUCAUCACGCCGCUCAGCUUGAAGUCGCCGCGGGAUUCGUGCCUUCUUGAUCUAUGGACCGACGUCUUGCAGCAGGGACUCAAGGAAGAAGUAUAUCCGGCAAAUAUGGCAGACCUCACGCAUUCGUUGUACGUUGGUGACAAGGGAUUGACGCUAAAAGUCAGUGGAUACAGUCAGAAUUUACACCUUCUAGUGGAGCUAGUGACUCGAGAGAUGCGAUCAAGUACGAACUCGCUGACGCCGGAAAUGUUCGAGGCGGUGCGUGAAGUGCGGGCAAGGACGUAUCAUAACGUGCUGCAAAAACCGCAUAAAUUGGCCAAGGACGUUCGGAUGAAUAUUCUAAUAGAACCGUACGUGACGCCGCGGGACAAAGCGGUGGAGAUACAGAAUGUUACUCUAGAAGAAUUGCAGUCGUUCACCGAUAGACUACUUGACAAGCUGUACUUACAGGUGUUGAUGCAAGGAAACCUGGCUUGGACAGAUGCUAUAAAGAUUUCAGAAAGCGUCCUGCACAAUAUAAAAUGGGAGGGAGCCCCCGAGGAUGAGUUACCACAUAUAAGAGUUCACCAAAUACCACUGGGUGAGCGUACAGUGCGCGUGAUGAGUCUGAACCCAUCGUCCACGAAUAGUAUCGUCACCAACUACUACCAGGCCGAAGCGACCACUGCCAAGGAUACGGCAACCCUGGAGGUUUUGAUGAUGUUAAUGGAAGAGCCGGUGUUCGACGUGCUCCGUACGAAGGAGCAGCUGGGAUACAGCGUGUUCAGCAUGCUGAGAUACACGUUCGGCGUGCUCGGCUUCUCAGUCACUGUGAACACGCAGCGGGACAAGUUCAGUGUAUCGCACGUGGACGCCCGUGUAGAGGCGUUCCUCAAGAAGUUCGUGCGCGACAUGCGCAAGCUGAGCGAGCGUGCGCUCAGCGCCGCGCGACACUCGCUCGUGCAGCUCAAGCACACCACUGACUAUGAGCUCAAGGAGGAGGUCGAAAGGAAUUGGAGAGAAAUCGUCACCGGUGAAUAUAAAUUCCAGCGACUGUUUUCUGAGGCAGAAGCGAUUGAAAAGGUGAAGGUGUCAGAUAUCAAGAGUUGGAUUGAGAGACACUUUGCAACCGGGAACAGAUCGCAGUUUAGGAAACUAUCCGUUCAAAUAAUGGGUUACCUUCCCCACAUAGGCGCAAACGUAACGGAAAGCGGGAAAGACUAUGAUCUACACUAUCUAGACGCGUCCAACCCCAUCGGCGACAACGUUGAGAAUGACACCAACUUCAUAACCGAUAUAGGGGAAUUCAAAAAACAACUACCCUUCGUUAAUGUGCCUAAAGUUGAAUUGGGUCAGUGUUAAAUAAAUUGAGAUAUCUUUUUGCUCACUCUUCCUUCCCGAAAAUAUGCGUCCCUUUCUACGACUGACUUUAGGUGCAAUAUUUAUGAAUAGACGAAUUUGAUACUCGAGUAAUAAAUAUGUGUACUUAUGAUUUGUUAUCGCAAUUUUUUGUUAACUGCUAUUUUUUGAAGUCAAUAGACGUUGUUGCUUACGGGUCUUGUUCAAAUGAUUUCCUAUUUUAGCGUAUAUAAGUGUAAAAAAUAUGACGACAUUACUUUUUCUAGGUGCAGAAUUAAUAUUGUUAUUUAGAAAUACAAAAAAAGACGAGACAAUGUAUUUUCUGUCAAUGAAUACAAUAAAAUUUUAGUUAAGUAUUUUUACUUUAAAAUAGCGAUUAUGUUACGUUAACGAUGUACGUAUACCUUGUGUUGAAUUAAUUUGCCUUAUAGAUUCAUAAUUUUAGUUUUAUAAUUUAUAUCUGAAUAAUGUUUGUUAUAGAAAUAAAUUAUUUUACUUUUAA